GACUGGUGAGGAGACAGCGGUUCAUUCACACACCAGCGUCUGUGCAGCAUCAUGAUGUUCUACUGCUGGGGAGACUCAUCCAAAGGACAGCUCGCUUUACCCGGCACUGGGGUAAAAGCUACACCGACUUCAGUACCUUUGACUGAACAACUCAUUCAGAUCUCUUGUGGAGAACAACACACUUUAUUCCUGACACCAAGCGGUCAGGUGCUCUCAUGUGGCCGAAACUCUAAAGGACAGCUGGGGAGAUCCAAGAGCAGAGACACCAAACUGCCAGUGAAGAUUGAAGGUUUGGGAUCUGUAGCUGCAAUAGCAUGUGGACAGGACCACAGUUUGGCUCUAUGUGAUUCAGGUCAAGUGUUUUCUUGGGGAGCAGGUGGAGAAGGUCAGCUGGGCAUCUGCAGCCCGUUUGCAAAAUGCCUCAAACCUAUGCUAUCUCAGAUACCUUUUCAGAUCCAAGUGGUACAGGUGGCUUGUGGAAAUGUCCAUUCUUUAGCCCUAACCAAGGGAGGUGAAGUCUUUUCAUGGGGUCUGAAUAAAUAUGGGCAGCUGGGACUGGGGAAAUCAGUGAACCUCCAGGCUCUCCCUGCCCUGAUACCAUCUCUUGUCGGAGUUCCAGUUAUUCAGAUCUCAGCUGGUGGAGCCCACACUAUGGCGUUGACCCUCACAGAUCAAGUGUUCUGCUGUGGCGCUAACAGUGUAGGCCAACUGGGUCUUAAUAGGAAAGACGUAAACGGUCGAUUUACAAUAUGUGCUGUUCCAGCUUUGAGGAACUUCGGGGUUUCUUCCAUCAGCUGUGGAGCAGCUCACACUGCUGUCCUCACUAAGGUUGGAGAGGUGUACACAUUCGGAGAGGGAGCUCAUGGUCAACUUGGGCAUAACUCCACCAAUAACCAGCUUCUACCCAAGAAAGUUGAAGCAAUUGAUGCACCUGCUAAACAAGUAACCUGUGGCAGCCACCACACUCUGGUUCUGAUGCCGUCUGGUAUGCUCUUCACGUUUGGCCGUGAUGCCCAAGCCCAGGCGAGUGGUGGCACUGAGAACAGCCUGCAGCCAGUAAGACUGGAUGGAGACUGGAUCAGCUCAGGAGCAGGGAUACCCACAAGUACACAAGGAUUCAAAAUGCAGAUAUCAUCUGGCUACAGUUCUAACUUUCUUUUCUUUCCAACGUCCAAGACCAAUAUUCUUGGUGAGCCAAUUGGGAAACUUGAAGAGGCGAAAGUGCAGAGAUGGCUUACAAUGUUGGACUGUGAAAGCAUCAAAGAAAUGAAAAAGGAGGUUUCCUUGACGUUUGCCACAAGUUCAAAUCUUGUUGCCUGCUUCAUUAAGGACAGGAAUACUCCAGGUACUCUUCGGGUUGAUGUGAAUGCUGCUAGCCAGACUUUUGACCAACUCCUGAAGAUUCCCUGGAUCAAGAAUUCAAUGAACUUCACACAAAUCGUGGAAGUCCUUUUGUAUGCUGCUAAAUCGAUGAGGUGUCCUGAAGUCUUCCUGCUUCUGCCCACAUGCUCCAUCCUUCACGAACAGCAAAAUGUCAUUGGACUGGUGUUACCAUUAGCUGUAGCCAUCACAGACCUCAAUGACAAUGCUAUGAAAACCUUGAAGGAACAAUGGUCCUCAAUGGAUGCCAACAUUAUGACCAAACACAUCUGCAUGUGGAAACAAGCACUUGCCUUCCUCCUGAGCUCCAAUGUGUGGGUCAAUUAUAACCCUGGUGUAAAAGCAGUGCUGGAAGUCCUCAAGUUACUUUACAGGGCAAACAAAAGGGCAACUGAGUCGAGGAGGAUUCCUUUUAGUGAGUUCUACAUAGAAGAGAUCGGCACCACACCUCAGCUACUCGGGUCUGAUUUUUUGAUAUGGACAAACAUUAGACUUGGACAUGUUAAGGAAGAGGAUGAGACAUCUGCCAUUUUCUGCCGCUACCCAUUUCUCCUGGACCUGGCAAGCAAAAUCAGCGUUUUUAAAUACAUCGCUACAGCUACCCAGAUGAGUCAUCAGAUUAUCCACAAUAGUGUGGUGGCUGGUGGAGUCUUUCAAAAGAUGCACAACUGUGAGGUCCCGACACCGAUCCUCCAGCUGAAAGUGAGACGCACUGCGCUGCUUGAGGAUACAUUCAGGCAACUUAACAAUGCAGACCAUGACAACUUCAAAAAAACUUUAGUGGUAAAGUUUGUAGAAGAAGACAAACUGACAGACGUUAACAGACGGGAUUUUUUUAUCCAUGCUUUCAGUGAGCUUUUGGCUCCUAAAUCAGAGAUGUUCAUGUACAAUGACAGACAAACAAUGAUCUGGUUUCCUGCCAAGCCAACACUUGAAUUAAAACAGUACUUCCUGUUUGGGAUCCUCUGUGGCCUAGCCCUCUACAGCAACAACAUAGUGCACAUGCCCUUUCCUCUGGCCUUUUUUAAGAAGCUGGUCAAUGUAAAGCCUACUCUGGAUGAUAUGACUGAGUUCAUCCCUGUGAUCGGAAAGGGUUUGCAUUGCAUUCUUCAUGAGUACCCUGAUGAUGUUGUUGAUGACUUGGACAUCCCUUUCUGUGUGCACUGGGAUGGUGCUGAUGUGGAGUUGGAGUCCCACAAAAAUGGACAAUCUGUGACAAGUUAUAACAAGAAGGAGUUUGUGGAAGCGUAUGUAGAUUACGCAAUGAACAAGUCGGUGGAGAAGGUGUUUAAUGAGUUUAAGAGAGGAUUCUACAAAGUGUGUGAUGAAGAUGUGGUGAACUUCUUCCAACCGGAGGAGCUCAGAGGAGUGAUGGUGGGAACAGAGGAAUAUGACUGGGACACAUUCAGACAGAAUACAAAAUAUGUUGGACAAUACCACGAGAGACAUCCGACUAUCAUUGCAUUCUGGGAGGUAUUCGAGGAGCUGACACAGGAGCAAAAGAAAGCCUUUCUCUUGUUUCUAACAGGCUGUGAUCGUGUGCCUGUCCUUGGGAUGGAUCAGGUUAGGAUGACUGUGUUGGAACGCCCUAACUUUACCCAGAACCACCUGCCUGAGUCCCUCACCUGCCAUUCUCAUUUCAUGCUUCCUCCUUAUGAAAGCAAGCAGCGUCUGGAGGCAAAACUUCUUGAAGCGAUAAACCACAACCAAGGCUUCUGGAUAGAAGAUGCAUAGAUAUUUAGGUCAUGAAUUUUAGAUAUUUAGGUCAUGCAUGGCUCUACAUCUUAUGGACUAUAUUAUAUACUAUUUCUUGCUUAACAGUUUGCUUAUUAUACAGAUAGUUCCCGAGUUAUGAAGGAGAUGCAUUCUGAGGAACCCAUCGUAAAUAGAAAAUAUCACAAAUCAAAUUAUGACCUAGCCUACCUAGGAGUAUGGGAUAAUGCAAUCUAAUAGAAUGUUUGUUCAGUAAAUAAUAUAUCUGCUAUAAAAACUUUAGCAAUGACCAUAACCAUAAAACAAAAAUGACCGUAACCAUAAAAUGAGCCGUUAAAGCUGUGUAUCACACAUACAUUGAUGUAUCGUAUUGUCUUUUACUCACCAAGAUUCUGUUUAUUUGCAUAUUUGAACAACGUUAUGUUGUUGAUGGCUACAUUAACUUAGUUAUAGGAAGAAAAACGAAUUGUACCAAAUACAUGUCUCUAUCGUCUAUCAUAUUUCGGGUCGUAUCGGUAUUAUGUUAUAUAUUAUGUUGCUUGCGAGUACUGAUGAACUAAAAUCUCAGAUAACUAACACUAGUUUUCUUGUGCGUUAGUAUAUAUUGCAUUUGUAAUGUUGACCAUGUUGCAGAUGAAUUACAAAGAUUAUUUGCAUCACUUACAAAGUAGAAGAAGGAAACUCUAUGUUUAUUAAACUCUAUGUAUAUCAUUUAUGUUCUUGCAUGUAUAAUUUGUUCUUAUUAGCUGAGGUGAGUGCUAAAUUAAACUACUGCGUAAUUGCUUGUCCAAUAACACUGAUUACUAACACUGAAUAAAGAUAAUGAGAAGCAUUGCUAAACUGUUCAUAAUGCAACACAAACCUAAAAUAAAAGUAUGUUCUGUUUAUGA